CUUUGACCUCUCUCUCUCUCUCUCUUCUGCUCUGUUCGGUAUUGGUUUUUGCACAAGGACUAAAUUUUUAUCUCAUUGAGAAUCGGUUUUGAAAUUCUUCUGCUGUUAUCAAUCAGUAUCGAGAUUGGAAGAGAAGUUCCAUAACUGGUGACCUAGUAAAACUGGUUUGCUACGAUGACGCUCGGUGCUCGGCUUGUUGCUCCCUUGAUUAUACUUCUCCUUUUUAUUCCGAUUGACUUAAUUAAAGCAGAAGUCAUUACACUGACCCCAGAAACUUUUUCUGACAAAGUGAAGGAGAAAGAUACUGCAUGGUUUGUAAAAUUCUGUGUUCCUUGGUGUAAGCAUUGCAAGAAAUUGGGGAAUUUGUGGGAAGAAUUGGGAAAAGCAAUGGAAGGAGACGCUGAGAUUGAGAUUGGUGAAGUAGAUUGUGGUACUAGCAGAUCUGUUUGCACCAAAGUUGAGAUUCACUCUUAUCCAACAUUUAAGCUAUUUUACAAUGGAGAGGAAGUUACAAAAUACCAAGGUAAAAGAGAUGUUGAAUCGCUCAGGGCGUUUGUUGUAGAGGAAACGGAAAAGGCAGCAGAAAAAGCACAGCUUGAAGACAAGGAACUGUGAAUCUGUGAUACAACUAGUCGGUGAUUAUUAGAACCUGAUACAUUCCCUUCAGUUUUCAGUUUGCUUAUGCUGUUGUGACUUCUACUGUUAGUUAGAUAGGCAUGGCUUCAAAAUUCGGUAUCCAUUGAUCCGGUCCAGCACAAUGGAGGAACAUACCGUUGGUAUUUCGAGCCAUACUGUUUUGCUAAAAUUUUCAGUUUCCAACUUUCCAUUUUAAUUACAGUCAGUCAGACAAGCAAGACACGUGUACGUAGUGGAGAUUCCUUACAAGUUUGUGUUGUAUGUUCGUUUUAAUAGCAGCUGGCCAGCUGCAGACAAAGGUUCUUGCUUUUGAAAUUUCAUAUUCAGUGGAAUGUAAAAACUAAUCUAACA